GUAGACACCCACAUCCAUGCAGCUGCCUGCAUGAACCAGAAGCACCUCCUGCGUUUCAUCAAGAAGUCUUACCAGGUGGACGCUGACCGUGUAGUGCAAAACGUCAAGGGCAAAGAUGUGACCAUGAAGGAGCUGUUCGCCAACCUCAACCUGCACCCCUAUGACCUCACUGUCGAUUCCCUGGAUGUGCAUGCUGUGAGUCAUACCGCUAGCUAGUUUAGCAAUCAAAGGGGGGAAAGCAGUCCUGUGGCCACAGGGCAAGUGCGCUACUAUUUCCUGUGUCAUAAAGGUCCAGACCUCUUGGCAGAAGCCGUAGAAUGCUUACAUAGUAAGCUGCAUAUGGUGAAACUAUUAUUUUGUUACUUUUUCCAUUGCCAAAGUGUACAUUCCUUGGUCUUACAUGCUUCUCUCUCUUUCUUUUCUCUUAAGGGCAGACAAACCUUUCAGCGUUUUGACAAGUUCAAUGCCAAGUACAACCCUGUGGGAGCCAGCGAGCUGCGUGACCUCUACAUGAAGACAGAGAACCACAUCGAUGGAGAGUACUUCGCCAGGAUCAUUAAGGUUAGACUCAGCGAUUGCUUAGCUAGUGUCACUUUUGUAAACACCGCUUGAUUACAACCAGCUAAUUCUAUAUUUUUCGCACCCAGGAAGUGGCCUCUGAUCUGGAGGAUGCCAGGUACCAAUAUGCAGAGCCCCGUCUGUCCAUCUAUGGCUGCAACCCUAACGAGUGGACCAAGCUCUCCGGCUGGUUCAACAAGCACAGAGUCUUCUCCCCUCAACUCAAGUGGAUGAUUCAAGUGCCCAGGAUCUAGUAAGUUAUAUCUCUCUGUUCUUCAGUGAAUGUGCCCUACCCUUUUUGCACCCUUUGGCAAGUUUGGCAAACUCAGUAUAAAAUUAUACUAUUUUAUGGGCGUCAUGUUGGCCCUCCAAGUAAAAACAAACAAACAGAAUCUCUUUUUAAAUGGCUCUCUAAAUAAUGAUAUUCGUACAUUUAGAAUAAUGUCUGAAGAACACAUUUAUUACAAUGGCAUGUCAUGUUUGUAAACUACUAACCGCUCAUUCUCUGUACUGCCACCUCAGUGACGUCUUCAGAGGCAGGAACUUUGUGCCCCACUUUGGAAAGAUGCUGGAGAACAUAUUCCUGCCUGUUUUCCAGGCCACCAUCGAACCCCACGCUAACCCUGAGCUCAGCAUCUUCCUCAAGCAUGUGAGUGAGACUGGAAUGAGGGACCAUGGAUGAAGGAGGUUUACUUUUUAAAGUUGCAAUAUGCAACCUUUUGUGCGACCCGACCAAAUUCACAUAGAAAUGUGUGUUAUAGAUCUGUCAUUCUCAUUUAAAGCAAGUCUAAGAAGUAGUAGAUCUGUUCUAUGUGAGCUAUUUCUGUGCUUCCUGUUCUCAAGUUUUGUUUUUGCGUCUUUUACUUUCGGUUUUGUACAUCAGCUUCAAACAGCUGAAAGUACAAUAUUUCUGGUUAUAGAAAAUAUAUUUCACAGCGUUUUAGAUGUUACAAUGAUUUUCUACACUGUACUUGCUUGUUUUGUCACAUCAACUGAAAUUAGGCGAACUAGCAACCAGGAACGGCAGAGUGAUUUCUGCAUAGUGCAUCUUUAAAUUGAUACUUUCAAGGGGUAGUUCACUCAAAUGUCAUAAUUCAUGAUUGUUCUCCAGCCUUGAUGGAAAUGUUAUCAGAAUGUUUUUUACAUUUUCAAUCACUUUUAAAAAAGAAUAGUUUGGUAUGAUAUAUGAAGAAAAUGCAUUGAAUAUCAAGGCAAUCUCUUCGUUCUCCAUCUUCCUCCGCUCUGUAGGUGACAGGUUUCGACAGUGUGGAUGACGAGUCCAAGCACAGUGGUCACAUGUUCUGCACCAAGAGCCCCAAACCAGAGGAGUGGGACAUUGUCAAGAACCCCUCCUACACUUACUACAUCUACUACAUGUAUGCCAACAUCACUAUGAUCAACCAUCUCCGCAAGUGAGUAUCGCAUGUCAAAUCACAACCCACUGGGCACACACUGGUUGAACCAACGUGGAAUAGACGUUGAAUUGACGUCUGUGCCCAGUGGGAAUCCACAUGUCCUUCAAGAAAUUGUUGCAUGAAAAGUAAAAUUCAAACAUGAUACACUCCUAAAAUUGUUUGUUUUGUGUUUGCUUUCUAGGGCUAGGGGAAUGAACACCUUCCAGUUCAGGCCCCACUGUGGAGAGGCUGGAGCCGUCACCCAUCUGCUGGCCUCCUUCAUGACCGCUGACAACAUCUCUCACGGCCUCAAUCUCAAGAAGGUCCGUAGCCUCUCCAAACAAUGGCCUCUGUUUCUUUGGCACUAUCAAAACCUAAACACAUUACACAACUAACUCCUGUGGUCCUAAUGUUGACGUUUGUAUCUAACCCUCCCACUCAACAGAGCCCUGUGCUGCAGUACCUUUACUUCCUGGCCCAGAUUCCCAUUGCCAUGUCUCCACUCAGCAACAACAGUCUCUUCCUGGAGUAUGCCAAGAAUCCUCUUCUGGAGUUCCUCAAGAAGGGCCUGAUCGUCUCCCUGUCCACUGAUGACCCCAUGCAGUUCCACUACACCAGGGUGAGGCCAGACUGGGAGCCCGUCUGGUAGUGUGUGUGUUGUCUAGAAAGAUAUUUACCUGUUUUGGUGCUCUCUUGGUUAAUGUUGGUGCAUUAUGCGCCAAUCAACUGGCCCAAGGUUCCAUUCAGUUCAAAAUGGUAACGGCUAAUGUUAAGCUGAUCCUAAAUCAGUUAUAGAGAGUAAGCAAGACGCCAAGCUUACUCUGCUCUGGCUGUGUGUCCUCAGGAGCCCCUGAUGGAGGAGUACGCCAUUGCAGCCCAGGUGUUCAAGCUCAGCACCUGUGACAUGUGUGAGAUCUCCAGGAACAGUGUGCUGCAGAGCAGCCUGUCUGCUGAGGUAACAAACCCAACAGACGACAAACAGGAUAGACAAUAUACUACCUCAUAGACCCACAAUUUAGCCACACUGUGUAAGGCCUGAAGCAUUAAUAUUUUACACAAAGACAGGACAGAUUAUGAUUCAUGGCUAAACUCUUGCUUUUCUAACAUUUUGAUACAUUACAAUCUACAUGAAAGUAUGAGUUCAAUCAUAGUAUAGACUAGUUGGAUGACAGCACUGUAAUAGACUGCCAUGGCUAAUUGCCAUCAUAAUAUCAUCAGCACCAAAACGUGUUGCCUUGGUUUCUUUCUACAGGAGAAGACUCACUUCCUGGGUCCCGACUAUCUGAAGGAGGGCCCUGAGGGCAAUGACAUACGCAAGACCAAUGUCGCCCAGAUCCGUAUGGCUUAUCGCUACGAGACACUGUGCUAUGAGCUCAACCUUAUCAAGGAGGGUCUGAAGACUGACUGA